AUGUUGUUGUUCCAAAUCUUCCGAUGUCCGUGGCUUUUAAUAACCGUCCUUGUGCCGUGUUAUGGCAGCCUAAAACCGGGCUUCUCUCAACUUCAGCGAGGACACAGAUUGGACAGGAAACUGAUCCAGUCAUUUACAGAAGUCAGUUUCUUGGACUGUGUGACGGAAUGUAUGGUGACACCACGGUGUAAAUCAGUCAACUAUUUCAAAGGGGCUAAUUACUGUGAAAUCAAUUACGAAAAUAAGACGACAGCGGAGACUAACUACAUGGACAGUGCUGGAUGGGUAUACAGUGAAAGGGGGCACUGGCCUAAGGAGCUGGCUGGAGCUUGUUCGAACUCAACCUGUGAAAUCAACCAGACAUGUAAACACAAGAGAUAUUCCGAGGAAAAUUUUUUUGAAUGUGUUUUGUCAGAUUGUGGAAUACCUGAUCAAAAAGGAAUAAACUUGAAUACAACACGACGUGAGGACGCCAUUGGUAUACGCAGGAGGAUACACGCCUCGUGUUCUGACGGAUACUCCCAGUCUGGUUCAGGACAACUGAACUGUCAGUCAAACGGAGAGUGGAAAUACAACAUUGUCUGUACAGAUAUUGAUGAAUGUCUGAGCAAUCCAUGUCAGAAUGGAGGAACAUGCAGUAACAACAAUGGAUCUUUCACUUGUAUGUGUGCACAUGGUUGGAGAGGGACACUUUGUAAUCAAGAUGUUGAUAAAUGCCAGAGUGAUCCUUGCCUCAAUGGAGCCACAUGUAUAAACACACCCGGCUCAUUCAACUGUACAUGUGACGCCGGAUGGACCGGGAUAAUUUGUGAUGAAGAUAUCAAUGAAUGUCUUGACAAUCCAUGUCAAAACGGAGGAACAUGCAGCAACAGCGAUGGAUCUUUCACGUGUACAUGCGCAGGUGGAUUCACAGGGGCACUCUGUAAUGAAGAUAUCAAUGAAUGUCUUGACAAUCCAUGUCAAAACGGAGGAACAUGCAGCAACAGCGAUGGGUCUUUCACGUGUACAUGCGCAGGUGGAUUCACAGGGGCACUCUGUAAUGAAGAUAUCAAUGAAUGUCUUGACAAUCCAUGUCAAAACGGAGGAAUAUGCAGCAACAGCGAUGGAUCUUUCACGUGUAGAUGCGCAGGUGGAUUCAUAGGGGCACUCUGUAAUGAAGUUCUGCCGAACAUCGCAUUAGGUAAACCUGCCGCACAGUCAUCAACAUUUCUUGACUAUAAAGCCGCGUAUGCAGUGGAUGGCAACAGAGGAACUGACAUUGUUGUAGACAUGUGUACAAUUACACGUGGUGGCGACACCAAUCCCUGGUGGAGGGUGGAUCUACAGGCUGUGUAUAACAUCACAUUUGUCAGAAUACUUAACAGAAGAAUAUAUCAAAACGGAAAAGAUACUUCACACUGGCUGCGUGAUGUUACCGUCACUGUAGGACUGACAGAAUCUGAUGUCAACACUCUCUGUGGUUACUUUGAUGGUCCCGGUACCGCGUCACAACUGGUCGUCAUCGACUGUCCAACACUACCACAAGGAAGAUUCGUUAAGAUCUCCAAGACAACUGAGCAUCUCAUUCUUUGUGAGGUUGACGUGUUUGGCGUCCCUGUCUAACAUUCAUUAAAGCCGAUGGCUAAGCUGAAAUGUUGCCGACUUCUGAUAUAUGUAUAUGUUUGCGCAUC